GACUUUCCACACACUUCACCUUUCUGAAGAACCUGUCCACUGGUCCUUCCUCAUUUUAUACACGAUUUAUUAGUCUGACCAGUUGGACUUUUCUCCAGUUUGUUGCUGUGAAGAAGCUUCAGAGAUUCAGAUGGAUCAGGCUGACAGAGAAAACCCUCCCCAGGACCAGGGGAGUCUGGCAGGCAGUGAUGUGGGCCUUUUAAACCCUGCUGCACCCAGAAGGAGCUCCAACAGCCGUGCCUUUAAGGUGGCAGGCCUGACGACGCUGGCAUGUCUGCUGCUGGCCAGCCAGGUCUUCACUGCCUACAUGGUGUUCGGCCAGAAGCAGCAGAUCAACUCUCUGCAGAGGGACUCAGAGAAAAUGGCCAAGCAGGUGACCCGCUCGUCCCAAGCUGCGAGCCCAAUGAGGCUGCCCAUCAAGAACAUGCCUCUGAUGAUGGAUCUGACUAUGGAUGACGGCGAAGACACGACAGCGAAGACGCCCUUGAGCAAACUUCACGACACGGCUAUUGUCAGUUUGGAGAAACAGCUGACGGAUCUCUUGGAGGAUUCCAACCUGCCACAGUUCAAUGGCACCUUCGGGGCCAACCUGCAGAGCCUGAAGCAGCACAUGAAUGGCAGCGAGUGGAAGGGCCUUGAGUCCUGGCUGCGUAACUGGCUCAUCUUCCAGAUGGCCCAGCAGAAGCCUGCAGCCCCCACCUCUCUGCCAGCUUCUAAGACCAAGAGCAAAUGCCAGAUGGAGGCGGGGCCCGGGAGGUUCGGCGCCUACAAGCCCAAGUGUGACGAGUGGGGCCGCUACCUGCCCAUGCAGUGCUGGUCCUCCAUUGGCUUCUGCUGGUGCGUGGAGGUCGACGGCACCCCCAUCGCGGGCACCAACAUUCGCGGACACCCCGACUGUCCACCCAAAAAAGCUCUUCGCGGGAGGAUGGUCGCUCCCAUGCUGAUUCAGGAGGCCUUUGACACUGAUGGUCAGUGAAAAACAAAUGAAGCAAAGUCUGCAGCAAAGUGUUUCUUCUCUUCAAGCAAAUCAUAACAGACAUGACGGCUCGGUCGUUUAAAGCUGGAUGUGGCUCCACUACGGACAGUAAUGGUUUAAACACCUGAUCGCUUAUCCUUCCAUGUAAUCUCUGGGUUUCCUCUGCUUCUCCUUCCGCUUGAAAUUAAACCAAAGGCCUGUUGCUGUGUCAGGAUGUGAAACUUUGUUGAUUUUCUCUGAUUUAUUUAGGGGGUUUUCUCAUAGACAGUUUAACUUAGAUAUUCAUAUAAUCUGUAGCAAAUUAAAGUACAUGUGUUUUGAAAAAAUGUUUAAAUGGUCGGAUCACUCGAAUUACCCCCAAAAAAACACCUUCUCUCAAUGUCCUAUACCAUCGUCCAGUCAUUGAGGUCACUCUGGUUUAAGAUGUAAUCUGUGAGAUGUCUGCCUCUAACCACUUACAUAAUGUGUUUGUUUAUAGGUGCUUACAGUAAUAAAAAUUCACAUUUAAGAAAUAAGACUCUAUGUCCACUGUUACUGUGAUUAUCUGUAGACCUCACAUGUGAAAGUUGUACCUGGCACUGAUUCCAAUUAAAGUAGUUUCAAUAAAGCUGGCUGUAAUUGAAUGAUCCAAUCUGUUUAAUGAUGUUCACAUCAGAGUGUUGAUACCUGACCCGAUGGGACGGGUCGAGUUAGGACAAAAAAAAACGUAGAUUGAUAUUUGGGUCACCUUGGGUUUGGACAGAAAAGAAACUGAAAGCCUUUCGGGUUGGGCGACCCGAGCCUCAGUCUAGUGCACAUAUGAGACAGUGACUUUUAUAUAAAGAUGUUUGUGUUAAGAAUGCUGAAUAAAGUUCUCCUAACAA